GGCGUCGAGAGAUCCGAGCGGGAAUAUAAAUAGGUGCGAGCGCGCGGAUCACGUCAGUAUUCAAACGAAAGCCAAGCGAAACACAAGUACGAGAAGCAAAAUUGAACGAGAUUCGAGAGACGAUCUCUAACAUUGCAAAGCGAACAAACGAGUUGGAAAGUUCAAGGACAGACGUAAAUCAGCGUAGAACGAGUGAAAUAAUAAGAUCACAUUGUGAAAUAAGCAGCGACAGAAUAAUAGAAAUGCCCGCAAUUGGAAUCGAUUUGGGAACAACCUACUCCUGCGUCGGGGUCUGGCAGCAGGGAAAGGUCGAAAUCAUAGCCAACGACCAAGGGAACAGAACGACCCCCAGCUACGUCGCGUUCACGGACACCGAGCGACUGAUCGGAGAUGCUGCCAAGAACCAGGUGGCGAUGAACCCCUCGAACACGGUGUUCGACGCCAAGCGACUCAUCGGGCGGCGAUUCGACGACCCCAAAGUCCAGGCCGACGCCAAGCACUGGCCUUUCCGGGUCGUCGACGAAGCCGGCAAACCGAAGAUCCAAGUGGAAUUCCGCGGCGAGACGAAACGUUUCAACCCGGAGGAGAUCAGCUCCAUGGUGCUGACGAAGAUGAAGGAGACGGCGGAGGCCUACCUGGGACAAAAGGUCAGAGACGCGGUGGUCACGGUACCCGCCUAUUUCAACGACUCGCAGAGGCAGGCGACGAAGGACGCCGGCGCCAUCGCCGGGCUCAACGUCCUCAGGAUCAUCAACGAACCGACCGCCGCCGCCCUCGCCUACGGCCUCGACAAAAAUCUCAAAGGCGAGCGCAACGUCCUGAUCUUCGAUCUCGGCGGCGGCACCUUCGACGUGUCGAUUCUGUCGAUCGACGAGGGUUCGCUCUUCGAGGUCAGGGCGACCGCCGGCGACACCCACCUCGGUGGCGAAGACUUCGACUCACGGCUCGUCGACCACUUCGCCGCGGAGUUUGAGCGCAAGUACAGGAAGAAUCUCAGAAAGAAUCCGCGCGCCGUUCGCCGGCUGCGCACCGCCGCGGAAAGAGCCAAGCGAACGCUUUCCUCCAGUACCGAGGCGAGCGUAGAGAUCGACGCCCUCUUCGAGGGAAUCGACUUUUACACAAAAGUGUCGAGAGCCCGAUUCGAGGAACUUUGCGCCGACCUCUUCCGAGGAACACUCGCUCCGGUCGAGAAGGCGUUAGCCGACGCGAAGAUGGACAAGGGGGCGAUCCACGACAUCGUCCUCGUCGGGGGUUCGACGCGUAUCCCCAAGAUCCAGAGCCUGCUGCAGAACUUCUUCUGCGGCAAGCAGCUCAAUCUAUCCAUAAACCCCGACGAGGCGGUGGCCUACGGAGCCGCGGUGCAAGCGGCCAUCCUGAGCGGCGAGGGCGACACCUGCUCGAAACUACAGGACGUACUGCUCGUCGACGUCGCGCCGCUCUCCCUCGGCAUCGAGACCGCCGGCGGGGUAAUGACCAACAUAAUCGAGCGCAACGCCCGCAUCCCCUGCAAACAGACGCAAACGUUCACCACCUACGCCGACAAUCAACCCGGCGUCUCCGUCCAGGUCUUCGAGGGCGAACGAGCGAUGACCAAGGACAACAACCUCCUGGGACGAUUCGAACUGAGCGGCAUCGCCCCCGCGCCACGCGGCCUCCCUAAGAUCGAGGUCACCUUCGACCUGGACGCCAACGGGAUUCUCCACGUGACCGCCAAGGACACGGCCAGCGGACGCAGCAGCGACGUGCGCAUCACCAACGACAAGGGUCGCCUCUCCCGCGAAGAGAUCGACCGCAUGCUGGCGGAGGCCGACCGGUACAGAGAGCAGGACCGGGAGCAACGGGAACGGGUCGCCGCGAGGAACGAACUCGAGGGCUACGUCUUCACCGUGAAACAGGCGUUGCAAGAGCACGCCGAGCGACUCCCGCAGGAGGACAGGGAGGCGGUCGCCACCAUCUGCGAGGAGACCGUCCGUUGGCUGGACAACAACUCUCUCGCCGAAAAGGACGAGUACCGAGACAAAUUGGAGGCGCUCCAGAAGCGGUGCUCCGCGGUGAUGGCCAAACUUCACCAAGGAGCUGGCAACGCCGCACCCGGGGCUCAGGACUGCGGAGCCCAGUUCAGGCAGGCGGGAGGAAACCACUCCGGACCCACCGUCGAAGAGGUCGACUAAAGUCGAGCCGCGCUAUACCCGUACCCGAAGUAUUGAUGAUUUGUUCCUACCGAUGACAUCGCCGUCACCGGUGAUUGUACAUAAAUAAAUGUAAAAAUAGUGCAGCGCAUUUAUUGUAAACAGCUUAGACCUAAGAUUAAUUUAUUAACUGACGGAUGACUGAUGCCGAAUGUAUGCGUGUGAGACGUUUCCAUGGUACGUGAAUAAACGAACAAAAUGUAUACUUUUUAUAA